AUGCCGACCUCAGGAUCCGGCGCCUCCCUUCUCGCCGACGUUUACUUGGAAGACUGCAAUCUUGGCUUCACCCCGCGAUGGGAGUUCCAGCCUGAUCUUGACAAGAUGAGAAUGACGAUUCAAGCGCUUUUUAAUAGUGAUAACGUCCACAUCAAGCAUUUUGCCGAAGGUUGCUUCAACAAGCUCUACGAAGUUCAGGUCAACGAUCAGGCACCGCUGUUGCUCCGCGUUGCGCUCCCUGUCGAUCCGCAGAACAAGACCAUGAGCGAAGUUGCUACGAUCCAAUGGGUCUCCACGAUCACGGACCUUCCGAUCCCGAAGGUCAUUCAUUACGAUGCGUCGCGCGCUUCUCCUGUCACUUACGAAUGGAUCUUAAUGAGCAAGCUUCCCGGCGCGCGGAUGCAGGAUACAUGGCGGCAUCUUACCCUCCCCCAGAAAACAGACACAGUUAGCCAGAUCGCAUCUUUCAUAUCCUCUCUCUUUCGCGAGAAAUUCACGAGUAUUGGCAACAUCUGCCCUCCCGUAUACGCAAGCGAACUGCCGAGGCCCGGCCCAAUUGUGUCGACUUGCUUCUUCUACGGCCUCAUCAACAAAUCCGACAUUAACCGAGGGCCCUUUCGGAACAGCAGCGAGUGGUUUGCAGCGCGGCUUGAGGCGACCAAAAGAGACGCAACAGCGACCAUGGCAAAAUGGUGUGGAAAGGAAAACCUCAACUGUGAUGCGGUCAAGGAGAUCGAUGAUGCUGCACGGACAUUUGGCAUGGCCGAGAGAUUGCUGCAUCUGGUCCAGCGCAUCUUUCCUUUUCAUGCUGAAACAGAAACCACAGUUCUUUACCACGAUGACUUGCAUGGGAACAACAUUCUUGUCGACAAUACAGGCAACAUCACAGGCAUCGUCGAUUGGGAAUGUGUGUCCAUCGUCCCUCUGUGGAAAGCCUGCGGCAUCCCCCAAUUCCUCUUUGAACAACCUCGAUGGACUGAACCUGAUCGCAGACGAUACCGCCAUAAUGCGGACGGCGAUAUGUCCGAACUAUACUACAAGCAUUUACAUCAGUACGAAACCACACGCUUGCGAGAGGUCUUCUUGGGAGAAAUGGAGCGGCUUGACCCGCGCUGGAUGGACAUUCAUAAGAAGACACAAUUACUGAGAGACUUUGACUUUGCAGUGCAGUUUUGUGACGACGUCGCCGUUUUGAAGCAUAUCAUCCAGUGGGCUGAGGCUGUGGAGGCUGGUGGCGAUGUGCCGAGGAUGUGGAACCUGCUAUGGGCGAAUGCGCUCAAGUGGUAUUGA